AACAGCGUCUUCUCUCUGGACAUUUUGUUUCGUAGGCAGACGCUUUUUGUGCAUCAGUGCGAUUAGUUGCAGAAACAUCGAGUGUAUUUUUCGGUGUGGUGAACUUUUUUUAAUUAUUUUUACGCAAUCAAUUAAUAUAAAUAUUAGCGAAAAAAUGGCGAUGACAACAACUCAAGUAAAAGGCAGUGGCUGGCCAAGGCGAGCAAGUAAUAGCUCCUUCGAAGGGAAACCAGUAGUCAAUCCAUCCGUCACCAUCAAUAGAACAGUGAAUUUAUAUCCACUGACGAAUUAUACCUUCGGAACAAAGGAACCCUUGUUUGAGAAAGAUCCAUCUGUUCCAGCAAGAUUUCAACGUAUGAGAGAUGAAUUCGAUAAGAUUGGCAUGCGUCGCAGUGUGGAAGGUGUACUUCUCGUUCACGAGCAUGGAUUACCCCACGUUCUUUUGCUUCAAUUAGGCACCACAUUUUUCAAAUUACCUGGAGGUGAGUUGAACGCUGGCGAGGAUGAGGUGGAGGGCUUAAAACGACUUUUGACUGAAGCUUUGGGACGUCAAGACGGGGUUAAACAAGAAUGGGUUAUUGAAGACACGAUCGGUAACUGGUGGAGACCGAACUUUGAGCCACCCCAAUAUCCGUAUGUGCCACCCCAUAUCACAAAACCAAAAGAGCACAAAAGAUUAUUCCUAGUGCAACUACAGGAGAAAGCAUUUUUUGCUGUUCCUAAGAACUACAAGCUAGUCGCUGCUCCACUUUUUGAAUUAUAUGACUAUUCUCAAGGAUACGGACCAAUAAUAUCGUCAUUGCCUCAGUCCCUCUGCCGAUUCAAUUUUAUAUACAUGUGAGUUCUCUUAUAAAAAUUCCAUCAAAGUGACGUUAAAAUCAAUUGUGUUUAAUGUAAGUGGAUCAUCAGAAGGAAAAAACUACACAGUGUGAAAAGAUGUACAAUAUGUGGAUGUAUGAACGUGCGUGAUUGACAAUGUUUUCACUACAUUGUAACACUCUUCAUAUGGAGUAUAUAAUCAUUUAUAUAGAAUAAAAAAAGUAUAAUAAAACCUUAUUUUAACAGCGUA